AUGUCUAUUCUACAUUAUUUUCGUAGCAAGCUUUCAACGUUACGGAAUUCCACCUCGCAUCUAUUACCAAUAUACACAACUUCAUCCUCAAUAAUCUCAAACACAAAAAUAAUAUUGCGAAAGCCAACCACUCCACGAGUCUUAAAAACUAAUAAUAAUAUAUUCGUUUCUUUUCUCAGCACAACUGCAAAAAACGACACCGAAAGACCCUUUCUCCUUCCCAAAGAUGUAGAAUCUUACUCUGAGUCAUAUACCACACCACCAAAUCCAUAUCAGGAAUCUCUAUCGAAAAAAACAAAACUUGCGUUUCCCAAAGAAGCGCAUAAAAUGGUACCACAUCUCGAAGCGACAUUUCUGACGUUUCUUGCACGUGCUACUCGUGCCAAAAGUAUUCUCGAGAUUGGGUGUUAUACUGGGUAUUCGACAGUGGCACUUGCCAAUGGAAUACGUCAUCGAAAACAUAAGGGCGCAAAGUUGACCGCUUUGGAUAAUGAUCCAGUGGCAGUUUCGUUGGCGAAGAAACAUGUUGAAUUGGCGGGGCUUUCGGGUAUUGUCGAGUUUAAAGUCGGGGAUGCGUUCGAUAUAAUUGAAAAUUAUGGAAGUGAUUUACAGUUUGAUAUGAUCUUUUUAGAUGCAAAUAAAUCUGGUUAUCUUGACUAUUACAAUGCAAUAAUGGAUCAAGAUCUCUUGUCAAAGAACGGAUUUAUUGUAGCAGAUAAUGUUUUAUUCCGAGGAUAUGUUCGCGCAUUCUCCGAUCCAUAUGUACGAUUCUCCGAUCUAUAUACAAAAGAUGGCCCCGUUCCACCACAACACAAAAACAUUGCACGGUAUAUGCAUCGAUUUAACGAAGCCGUGCAAAAAGAUACGCGGACUGAUAACGUGCUGCUGCCGAUUUUUGAUGGGCUGAUGUUGAUUUGGAAACGAAAAAGCACACCAUUUGAUGUUGUGCGCGCAGAGAAGUUCCUCGAGGAGAGGAGUGAAUUGUAUCGAUGA